AUGAAAACCCUAAUAUUCGCAUUAGUGGCAGCAUUAGCCACAGGCCAACAGCUCCAACAAAGAAGCAACAAGGAAAAUGACUUGAAUCUCGCCCAGAUAGGCCAAGUCCUGCAGAGAAGUUACUUCAUUCCAAGCUUAUUCAGAGAUAGUGAUCCUUCAAAUCCCAACAGUGAACGCAGAAUCAGUAUAGACGCCAGUUCCCUCUUCGGUUCUCCGGAAUCAACUCAAAAUAGGUUCAGAACAGGCGUGAUAAAUGAAGCUCUAAGCCAACCUGAUUUCCAGUCCGGUUCAGUUGGCAUCAGCGGAAAUGGAGGCAGUGCGAAGCUCGGUGUGUCUGUGAGUGAUACUGAGUCAGGUGCUGAGUCUCCGAAUGAGUCUCUCAAAGGCAUCUCUCCUCAAUUAAUUUCAUUUAAUCAAGAGGGAUUUCGUUCUCCUUCACUCAAAACAAAUCAAUUCCAGUCCAUCUUAUCAGAUAACACUGGAAUAGAAUCAGGAACAUCAGUCAGUUUGACAGGCAAUAAUGAAUUUCUGCCAAGUUCUUCAGAUGCUAGUGGGUUCCAUCCUGAAUCUACAUCAAAUGGUGGACUCCAGUAUAGCUCCAGAGGUAGCAGUGAUUUCCAGCCUAUUUCUCCAACUGGUAGUGGGGUUCUAGAAGGAUCAGUAAGUAGCAGUUCACUUCGGACAGAAUCAUCAGGCAGCUUUGGAUUAUCAUCUACUUCAUCAGACAGCUCUAGAAUUAACCCUGCUUCAACAGAUGGCUCUGUAUCAGGAUCUGGUCACGGAAGUGGUGAAAUUCAGGCUGAUUCGGUGCAUAAUGUUCCCUUUGAUAUCAGUUCAACGGGUUUCCAAUCUACACCCUUGAUAGCCAAUGAAUUCCAUUUGGGUCCAUCACGUGGUAGUGUACUCCAGCCUGGCUCAUCCAGUGGCAAUGGCUUUCAGUCUGGCUCCUCAAGAGGCAACGGAUUCUCGUCUGAUUCUCUAACUGGCAGCGGUCUUCUAUCUUCAGUAAGUAAUGAAUUUCAGUCUAGUUCACAAGAUGAGAGUGCCUCGAGGUUCGAUCCAUCACUUGGCACUGGAUUCUCACUUAGCUCCCCAGGUGGCAAUAGAGUACAAUCUGGUUCACCAAGUGACAGUAACUUCCAGUCCGGGUCCCUAGUUGAGAAUGAAUUCCGCGCUACUCAAACAAGUGACAGAGGAAGCCAGACAAUUUCACAGACCAAUGGAUUUCAAGGUAAUGGAAUCCUAUCUGGUUCCUUAAGUGGACUGGAACUCCAUUCUGGUUUAACAGCCACUACAGGCAGCAACAUCCAUCAAGGUGAAAGUGGAUUUUAUUUUACUUCUGCCAGAAGCACUGAGCCUCAACCUGUCCUUGUCUCUGACCCAACAAGCAAUGGUGCAAUCCAGUUUAGACCAACAAUCAGCACUGGAUUGCAGCCUGAUUCACAAAGUGACAAAGGAUUCUACUCUGAACCUUCUAGUGAUGGCAAGAUUCUUCCCAGUUCAGAUAGUGGCAAUAGACCUCAGGCAGUUUCAUCUAAUGGACCUCUGCCUACUUCAGGAUUACAGAAUAACAGGGGACUUCCUAUUGGUUCCGGCUUUGAAUCCGCUUUAGGGAACAAUGGGGUUCAGUUUGGUUUUGGCAGCACCAGAUUUCAGUCAGGUUCAUCAGGUAAUGGUAGAAUUCAACUUGCUUCAGCAGAUAGAAGACCUCCUCACUCAGGUAACAAUGUAUUCCAGCCUGAUUCCAGCAUCAGAGGAAUUCUGUCUGGUUCGAGAAGUGGAAACACUGGAUCACAGCCCACUCCAAACAAUCAAUUCCAGUCAGAUUCAAUGAGGAAUGGAUUCCAAUCCUUUUCCAGUGGCAGUGAAUUCCAGUCUGGACUGGACAGCAGUAGGCUGGCUGGUUUGGACAGAACGGCCCAGUCUGGUUCAGGCAGCAGUAAUACACAGUUUGUUCCAACUUCAGGCAACAGUGUUCCUCAGCCUGCUUCAGGUAGCAUCUUACAGAAUGGCGAAGACAAUAGUAAAUUGCAUUCAGACUCAAGCAGUACUGGACUGAGGUCUGGUCCAAGCAGCAGUGCAUUGCCAACUGAUUUAAGGAGCAACAGCUUCCAAUCAGGUACAAGCAGCAGUGGAACCCAACCUGGAUUCCACAGUGAACUCCAGUCUGGCUCAGGCAGCAUUAGGUUCCAACCUGUUUUAGGUAACACAGGACUCCAGGCUAGCACAGGCAGCAAUAGAUUGCAGACUGGUUCAGUCAGGAGUAACUUUCAAUUAAUUUCAAACAAUGGUGGUGUCCAGGCAGGAUCAGGCAACACUGGUGUGCAGCCUAUAUCUGGCAACAGUAACUUACAGACUAGUUCAGUCAGCAGAUUCCAAUCUGAUACAGGGAUUAGUAAAAUACAGGUUGAUUUAGGAAAUGGCAAAUUCCAGUCAGGUUCAAAUACUAAUGGAUUUCAAGCUGGUCCAGGCAGUAGAGUAGUAGCUGGUUUGAGUAGCAGAAUACAGGCUGAUCAAGGUAGUUUGCAGGUUGGUUCAAGUGACAGGAAACUGCAGCCUGGCUCUUCAGGUAGCAGUGGCUUGCAGACAAGUUCAGGUCACAACAAAGUCCAGUCAAGUUCAAGUGGCACAAGAGUUCAAGCUGGUCCAGGCAGAUUACAAGCUGAUUCAGGUAGAAGUAGGUUACAGACUGGGCUAAUAGGCAGUAAUUUACAAGCAGGUUCAGGCAACCAAAACUUACAGGCUGGGUUAGGAAGCCGUAGGCCACAGGCUGGUUCAAGCAGCAGUAACUUACAAGCAGGUUCAGGCAGCCAGAACUUACAGGCUGGGUUAGGAAGGAGCAAGAUACAGACUGGUUCAGGCAGCAGUAGGUUCCAAUCUGGUUCAAAUAGCAAUAACUUACAGGCUGGUUUAGGAAGCAGUAGGUUACAGACAGGGUCAGGUGGCAGUAGAUUGCAGGCUGGGUUCAGAAGCAGUAGGUUACAGUCUGCAUUAGGAAACAGUAGGUUACAAUCUGGAUUAAGAAGCAGUAGGUUGCAGAUUGAGACGGGCAACAGUAGGCUACAGGCUGGUUCAGGAAGCAGCAGGUUACAGGCUGGUUCAGGCAGUAGUUCACAGGUUGGUUCAGGAGGCAAUAAGUUACAGUCUGGUUCAGGAAGUAGUAGGCUACAGACCGGUUCAGGAAGGAAUACAUUACAGUCAGGAAGCAAUAGAUUCCAGUCUAGUCUAGGUCGCACAAGAGUCCAGGCUGGAACAGGUAUUAGCAAUUUCCAACAGAAUUUCGGUAAUGGUAGAUCCCAAACAGAAUCAAGAGCAGGGUUCAAGCCCAAUUCAGGAAGUAGUUUCCAAUCAAAUUCGAGAAAAACUGGAUCCCAAUUUAGUAGUGGCUCUCCCUUUGGCUCAAGAGGAGGUGCUCAGUUAAGUUCGGGCAGCAGAGGAUUCCAGUCUGCUUCGAGCGGCAGCGGUCUUCAGUCUAGUUCAGGUGGCAAUCGGUUCAGGACAGGUGCUGUAAGUGGGUUCCAACCUGGCUCUUCUGGCUCAAGCGGGGGAACUGCUGAGCCCCUGGGUCUUCCGGCUGAAGCAUCUAAGCUGCUGGGGAAGAUCUCGACCUCCUUCACCUGCCAGGGUCGUCCUUAUGGGUACUAUGCCGAUCAGGAGAACUCGUGUCGAAUCUACCACGUCUGUUACCCUGCGCUCUUCGCUAACGGUGCUACUGAGACCUCCCAGUACAGCUUCCUGUGUAGUGAAGGAUCAGUGUUCGACCAGAAAACACUCGCAUGUGUUGCUGAGACGGAUGCCAUUCCCUGCCAAGAAUCUUCUAGUUACUUCUUCACUAAUGAACAGUUCGGCAUCCCUGCUGAUAGAAGAGCCUAA